AUGGGACGUGAAGAAACUCGCAUCUACGUUGGAAAUUUGCCGCCUAGUUGUCAGGAGAGAGACAUCGAGGACGUCUUUGCAAAGUACGGAAACAUUCGUUUCGUGGAUAUUAAGGGAGGACGCGGCCCUAUGUUCGCCUUUGUGGAGUUUGAUGAUCCACGUGAUGCAGAGGAUGCAGUUCGUAGUAGAGAUGGUUAUGACAUGGACGGAUCGCGUCUGCGUGUAGAAUUCACUCGCGGAUCCGGUCCACGUGGUCCAGGUGGCCGUCCCAUGCGUGGUGGUGGCGGUGGUCGUGGUGGUUUUGGCGGAUACGGAGGACGUGGUGGUGGAUUUGGAGGAGACUACGGAGGACGUGGAAGAGGAGGAUAUGGAGGAGAUUAUGGAGGUAACCGUCGAGGUGGGGCUGUAUCUCGUCGCUCCAAUUACCGUGUAAUUGUUGAGGGCCUUCCAACAACUGGUUCAUGGCAGGAUCUCAAGGAUCAUAUGCGUGAAGCUGGAGAGGUCUGCUAUGCGAAUGUUGCGCACGAUGGCACCGGUGUAGUUGAGUUCACACGUCUUGAUGACAUGAAGGAGGCAUUGCGCAAGUUAGAUGACACGAAAUUCCGUUCUCAUGAGGGAGAGACGGGUUACAUACGUGUGCGUGAAGACACCAGUAGCAACGGAGGCGGUGGUAGUGGCAGCGGUGGUGGCGGUCGUGGACGUUCGAGAAGUCGCUCACGUAGUCCGCGUCGAUCGUCGCCGAAGUAUAGUCCACGAUCGCAAUCGCGCAGCCGCUCCGCCUCGCGAUCACCGUCUCGUUCUCGCAGUCGCUCUCGUGACUAA